CCCUCGUUCUGGAAUAUAAUUCGUCACUCGCUCACUUAUUCCAAACUUCAGGAUUUUAGCUUCAAAAAAUAUUCAUUUUAGACCACAAAAAAACACAUUUAGAGUCCUAAAGAGCUCUAAAGUGUUGGAUCAUCAUUAUGGUGUCCUAUAUAGCGUCUAGAAUUAUCAUGCUGGUUUUUGGAACCCUGUAUCCGGCUUACAGCUCAUAUAAAGCCAUCAAGACAAGGAAUACUCGAGAAUAUGUACGAUGGAUGAUGUAUUGGAUAGUGUUUGCUCUUUUUACGACAGCUGAGCUCUUUGCAGAUCUGCUUCUAGGGGUUUGGUUCCCAUUUUAUUAUGAGAUCAAGAUUGUAUUUAUGAUUUGGUUGCUUUCGCCAACCACAAAAGGUUCAACGAUAUUAUACAGGAAGUUUGUUCAUCCAUUGCUCUCAAAGCAUGAAAAUGAGAUUGAUACUUACAUAGCGCAGGCCAAAGACAGUGGUUAUGAAACACUUGUACGUGUCAGUCGGAACAGCAUAAAUAUUGCAGCAGAAACCAUGAUUAAAACAGCAGUGACUGGCCAAAAUGUGAUUGCUGAGAAGCUUCGGCAGUAUGGCAGUGAUCAAGUUGAGGGCGACGAACGGCACAAAAUGAGAAAAGCCAAGUCUUGGUAUGGCGGGAUGGACUCUGUACAAAAUGAUUAUGAGCCGAUCAAUGAGACAGAUAUAGAGGAGGAAGAAGAAGAGGAAGAGGAGGAAGAAAUGUAUAACACAGACAGUGUGGAAGUGGAAAGAGCUGAUGCAGAGAGUGCAAAAUUAAGAAAGGAUCUUUUAGAGAAAAAGAACAAGAACAAAAAUUAUAGUUCAGCGACACUGCCAAGAUCUUUCAGUAGAUCUUCAACUUACAGCAGCCUGUAUAGGGACUAUAAUGAAGAGCUUCUCCCAAGUUCCACCUAUACUACACCAGGACAAGGAUAUGAGCCCAGUACAGGAUACAGUACACGUAGUCGCAAGAAAAUCGCCUAAACCAAUCACACGAGCUGUUUUUAUUUACAAUUCAUAGUCCUCCAAACCAACCGACAGUGAUGUGAAGCCUCGCCGAAGCCAACGUAAUAAGAAAACAAAACGUGUCCUGCCUGGAAUUCCAUCACAAGAAUACRUUAGUGACAUGUGAAGUAACUCGACUUUCUAGCUUAUUUUUAAUCAAAUUGGAUAAUUUUUAUCUUUGUACUAUUGCUGUCUUUCAGUUUGUGUUGCCCUGUAUAUAGACUCUAGCGGUUCUCUUAUGAAUGGGAAGCCGGAUACGCCAAAUUUGUAGCCGUACUGUAGUCAUUAUCAUAGGAAGCUAUUUUGUACGAUAACCAUCCUAAUGGGAAGCCAUUUCACUGUUACGGAAUGUCAUACGAUAACCAUUCUAAUGGGAAGCAAUCUCACUGUUACGGAAUGCCGUACGAUAACCAUUCUUAUGGGAAGCCAUUUCAAUGUUACGGAAUGUCGUACAAUGACCAUCCUUAUAAGAAGCCUUUUCAGUCUUACGGCAUGUCGUACGAUAACCAUCCUUAUGUGAAGCCAUUUCAAUGUUACKGCAUUUCGUACGACAACAACAUUCUUAUGGGAAGCCAUUCCGAUGUUACGGAAUGUCGUACGAUAACCAUUCUWAUGGGAAGCCAUUUCGAUGUUACGGCAUUUCGUACGAUAACAACAUUCUUAUGGGAAGACAUUUCACUGUUACGGAAUGUCGUACGAUAACCAUUCUAAUGGGAAGCCAUUUCAAUGUUACGGAAUGUCGUACAAUAACCAUCCUUAUAAGAAGCCUUUUCAGUCUUACGGCAUGUCGUACGAUAACCAUCCCUAUGUGAAGCCAUUUCAAUGUUACGGCGUGCCGUACGAUAACCAUCCUUAUGGGAAGCCAUUUCAAGGUUACGGCAUGUCGUACAGUAGUUUUGUAGUUUGUGCCUAAACCGGACUUACGCUUUCACAGUAUAAUACUUAAUCAAGAGAGCAUUAAUAAGAGAGGGAUACUUCUGAAUAUCGCGCGCGCAAUGUAAAUUACUGGUUGGGCUAUUUUUAGAAACUGGAUAGAGUUUAAAUUUCGCCUUACCCUACUCCUGUGCUUCAACUAGCGCGAAUGCGCGCAUUUUCCGUUUGUAGUUUUGAUCUCUUAUUUAUGCUCUCUUGACUUAAUAUAAUGUAUCUCUACGGCUGUUGGGCACGUAACAUUUAGUUCUGCACAAACCAGACUGCACACUAUAAUCAUGUUGUAAGCUAGCGAAGAUAACACUUUGUAAAUAUUAUACCACAAUAUCAAGAAAAACUCCGAUUACAUGAAGAACGCAAGGGUUAAGUCAGUUUUUUAUUUUCAAUGUUAUGGGAAUGUUGUGUUUAAAUGUUAGGGAGUUUGGGUAUUGAUUAUUGUAAUAUUGCAUGUUAUUAAAACAUUGUUGCUUUAGUCUU